GCUGGCGUCCCAUCGCCGCCCACCCUGCGGGGCCGGAGCCCUGAAACCCCGGGCUGCUUGGCUACGCCGGGGGGUGGGCGGCGCAGGGACACCGAGGGGCGGGACCCCGGCCGAGAGCGCCUCUCUGCGGCCCCUCCGCGCGCCAGUCGGCCGCGAUUCACCCCCACCCCCACCCCCACCCCCGCCCACCGCGCCUUUGCCCACAGAAUCCCGGCCCCCCGGAGCUGAGGCCAGACACCUCCCAGUGGCCCUAGCCCGUUCCCGAUCGCAGUUCUUAGCGCCCCUUUUCCUGGCCCUCUGACUCACCGAGGCCACUUCCUACACUGCCACCUUCCUGCCUCCCCUUCGUGGCUCUCCCCUGUGGUUACUGCAACUUCUCAGACUGCUGGAGCCCUUCUCUGGUCACAUGCCAACACCUGCCCUGCCCCAGGGACAGUACCGGCCUCUUCUGGACCUUUUAGAGAUAAGAGGGUAGACCUUGGCAGUGUGGGGCCGGGUCCUACGGGAACGAGGGAUGGGGGUUUCAGGCUGCUGUCCUUGACUCCAAGAGCUUACAUGCCCCAGAGAACACCAUGAGUAUGGCCCUGUGGUGCCCUUAUCUAAAGCUGAGAAAAGACAGAGAUUUCACGGGCCUCAAAGAGUAGGAAAUCUAUAUCCCCAGGAGAAUGACGGAUGGUGAGCAAGCACUUGAAACCCUGUGGCUGGGCCAUCACGCUUGGACAAAGUGACAACAGAAAUAUGGUUCCGAAGGGACCCCGGAGUUAUCUUGUGGAAGAAUUACACCCUGUUUUGUUUUCCUGGACCAAGGCACUGAUGUUUGGACAGGAAGCCUCACAACGUUUAAAAGCAUCUUCCAAACGGCUUUGAAUCAGUUGAGCUAGCGAUCGCUCUAGAACACUGCCUUCGGCAUGCAUCUCCCCCGUUGGGCUUUCCUGGCCAGGAGCUCUUUGAAAAGUCCCUUCUGCAGGGAGCCAGAGCACUGAUCCUCAUGAAACCAGCUUAGUGGAUUUCUCUUUUCUGGUAGAUUUCCUCUUGCCUUAUUACAUUCUCUCCCAGGGCUCGAAGAGGCUUGGAGGGAUUUGCAGCACCAAAGGGCCUGCGGGAAAGGAAGUAGCACUUUCAUGCUGGAUGAAAACCAAGCAGGUGAUGGUGGGGGCUGAUAACUCUUAAGUCUGUCACGUCUGGACGUUCCGGGUCAGGCGCGCUGAGGAGCAGCCGCUGCAGGGGGGCAAGAGGCGAUACUGGACGAGAGAACCCAAGUAAAUAGGAUGAGGGUGACCAGCAAGUAAAUGGCCACUUCUACCUCGACGGAGCCAACGUCAGCCUCCUGGUGGAAUUAUUUUUUCCUUUAUGAUGGUUCAAAGGUGAAGGAGGAAGGAGAUCCGACAAGAGCUGGCAUCUGUUACUUCUAUCCCUCUCAGACCCUGCUCGACCAGCAGGAAUUGCUCUGUGGACAGAUUGCCGGCGUGGUGCGCUGUGUCUCCGACAUCUCCACCUCGGCUACCACCCUCAUUCGUCUGCGGAAACUCAAGUUCGCCAUAAGGGUUGACGGAGAGUACCUUUGGGUGCUGGGCUGCGCCGCGGAGCUCCCCGACAUCAGCUGCAGGCACUUUCUGGACCAGAUCAUUGGAGUCUUUCAUUUUUACAACGGGCCUGUGUCUCUGGCUUACCAGCACUGUCCUCGGGAGGCCUUGCACGCCGCGUGGGACACCUUCAUUGCUCAGAUCCUGAGGAACACCAGCGACCUGCACAAGAUAUUCAAUUCCCUCUGGAACCUGGACCGAACCAAGGUGGAGCCCCUGCUGUUGCUGAAGGCAGCCCUCAUCCUGCAGACCUGCCAGCGCUCGCCGCACAUCCUGGCCGGCUGCAUCCUCCACAAGGGACUGAUCGUUAGCACCCAGCUCCCACCCUCGCUCACGGCCAAGGUCCUGAUCCGUCCAGCUGCACCUCGGGACCAGAGCCCACCUGCAGGAGAGGGUGACCCGGGGGCACGUGGAGCGGCCUUCCCCCCAAACGUCCAGAUCAGGCCUGUGUUCCUGACCGAAGAGGAAGCUGUCGGUCUCCAUGAGUUCCCGACGGAGGAGGCCGCCAGCUCUGCUGCCCUGCCAGCUGGACCCCAGGAGUACUCAGGCCAGCACCCUCCACGCCGUUGGAGCACAUCUGCCCCCACGGAAAACGCCACCAGCCGCCUGGAGUCUGCAGCCUGGACGUUGGCAACCACGCCUGAGCCUACGGGUCCUGAUGCAGCACAGCCAGAUGGCAAGGGGGAGAGCAGGCACUUGCCUGGCUGUGCCCUGGGGCACAUCAAGCCCGUGACACAGCAGAGCCCAGCCAGGGCCUGGGGUCCUGGUGUCCACCGCUCCCCGGCCAGGAAACCUCGUCCGCCCUGGGAAGAGGAGGAACAGGACUUGUCUGAAAUCCACAUUCCAGAAGCUCGGGAUGCAGGGUGGUGCCCGAAUUCCUUUGCCCUCCCGAGCACGUGCAUCCUAGAUGGUGGCAGUCCUUGCUCAGAGGAGUGUGCCAGUGACUCCGGCCUCCUGGAGCCCAAGCCGCCUGGUGCCCUGCCUGCAGGCACGGGCCUCGGCAGCCUCUCCUCGCUGUCCACUCCAGACGCGCUCCCCCGACACGGAGCCCUGGAGCCGCACAGUCACCAUCCAGGGCGCAGCAGCCCAGCGCCCCCUCCCCGGGAAGACCGCCUCCCUGGAAGGACGAGCAGACUCAGGUCAUGGCCUUGCGUAGACUUGAGGCGGAGCGGAGCCACGCUCCCCGGGGCCGAACACCGCGUGGAGCAGCGCGCUGGGGCUCAUCACAGCCUCUCUGUACCUGGCAGCUCGGACCCAGCAGGGUCUCAGGACAGUGGUCCCUCCACAGACACAGGUGACCCGAGGCCAGACCUGACGUCCCGCCAGGGGUUGGUGCCCAUGACCCUCUACACCCACAGCGUCAAUGGGCUGGUGCUGUUGCUGCUGGCCGAGGAGCCGCUGCUGGGUGACCACGCAGCCGUCGAGGAGGUGUACCACAGCAGCCUGGCGUCCCUGAACGGGCUGGAGGUCCACCUGAAGGAGACGCUGCCCAAGGACACCGCUGCCUUCCCCAGCAGGACCUACAACUUCACGCACUAUGACCGCAUCCAGCACGUGCUGACCAUGAACGUGCCACAGGUGGCCGCCACCCAGGACCGCCGCUUCCUCCGGGCCGUCAGCCUCAUGCACUCGGACUUUGCCAGGCUGCCUGCGCUGUAUGAGAUGACCGUCAGAAAUGCCUCCACAGCUGUGUAUGCCUGCUGCAGCCCCGUCCAGGAAACCUAUUUCCAGCAGCUGGCAGCGGCGGCGCGGAGCUCCGGCUUCCCGAGUCCGCAGGACGGCGCCUUCAGCCUCCCGGGCAAAGCCAAGCAGAAGCUGCUGAAGCACGGGGUGAACCUGCUUUGAGCCUGGCCGUGGUGGGAAGUUCAUUACCCCAGGAGAGCACGAGCAAGUCGAACGGCAGCAAAGGAAGCUCUGCCUUCUUCAAAGUCCCCAUGUCCUAGUUUUCUUGACUAGUCCCCUCGACAGGAACAUGAUGAUGUGUGUGUGUGUUACUCCUUUUGCAGAUUGGGGUUUGGGCGGGUAGUUCUUCAGGUCAGUGUGAAAAAGGGCUUGACUACAUCGGCCGGGUUGGGGCCAGGCUGGGCGCCUUGGCUCCUUCUACCAAAGGGGCAGGUCUGGGUUGUUGCCCUGCCCCAUGGGGUCUGAGGCACCAGCAUUUCUUGCUGCCAUCCCGCAGGGCCCUAACUGGUACCGUGAACACUGUCUCUGGAACUCUCUUGUCCUGAGUCCCAGGGGCAGUGUGAGGCAGGGCUGCAGGAGGCGGGAUCUGUUAGCAAGCGGACGGAACUCCCCACACCGCGGGUGGGUGUCUGGGAGGUCACUCAGUGCGGGGAGGCAGGCAGGAUGUGAAGCCACCUUGUUUGCUUUUUCUAGAACUGUAUUCAGAACCAGGAGUUCUGUUCUGCUCUUUGGAACACCCACAGUGGGGGCAAAUCUUGAUAACGUGGAAGGGAGCCCGGGGCUCCGAGGCAACUGUGAGCCCCGGGGUGCCGAACCUGGGGACCGGGUGAUGGCACACUGGGUUGUGCACCUCUGGUGCGAGGUGGGCCGUGCAGCCGGCCCCUCUCCAGUGAUGGUCCUCAAACAGGAGUUUCCAAAAUGGGGCAGAAGCAAAGCUGUGCUUUCCAGCGGUGGCCGCAUUCCCGGGCCAGUGUUCCAGGCAGAAAGUGUACGAUGAUGCGGUGCAGACCACAGGAGGAAAUAUUUCCCAGGGUCUGAACCGUCUACUGCAAGUAUCUGUGAUUUCCAUUUGGAAACUGCAGUGUUAAUAGUCUCGUGUUGGUAAACAAGUGCCUAAUGUUUUUGACAGUGUCUUUUUCUUGAAACCAGUUGCCGAGGGCUACAAAUAAAACAGCCAGAAAUGCCA